AUGCUGUUUGGUGCACGGCAAAGAAUAAGCUCCACAGCUGGCAAUUUCCAAAUUCAUGCAAGUGAUGGAACAAAGCUUGAAAGUGGUGAUUGUUUGAAAUAUCUGGGUUUGAGGGUAGAUUCUGAAUUAUCUUUUGGAAAGCAUAUUGGUUAUAUUAGAAAAACAAUUAACUAUGAGCUUGGAUUACUAUACAGAUCUAAUAUUUUUUUUAACUUUAUCCAUUAGAAAGACUGGACCCAACUUUUCCUUCCUAUUCUAGACUAUGGUGACAUCAUCUAUCAAAACCUUACUUUGCGAAUGAGAUAUUUAUAA